GACGCGGUCCGGCAGGGGCGGGGGGAUUGGGCCUGGCUGGGCCCGGCCGGAGCCUCCUUCCGCCUGGACCGAGCGAGAGAGCGGGGAGAGCGCCCCCUCCCCGCGGGCCCAGCCCCGCCUGGCCAUGGGCAACGCGGCCACGGCCAAGAAGGGCGGAGAGCUCGAGAGCGUGAAGGAGUUUCUAGCCAAAGCCAAAGAAGAGUUCCUCAAGAAAUGGGAAAACCCAUCACAGAACACAUCCACCCUAGAGCACUUCGAGCGACUCAAGACCCUGGGUACAGGUUCCUUUGGACGGGUGAUGCUCGUGAAGCACAAAGAUACCGGCAAUUACUUUGCCAUGAAGAUCCUUGACAAGCAAAAGGUUGUCAAACUGAAACAGAUUGAGCACACCCUCAAUGAAAAGCGCAUACUCCAGGCUGUGAACUUCCCAUUCCUUGUCAAGCUAGAGUAUUCUUUCAAGGAUAACUCAAAUUUGUACAUGGUGAUGGAAUACAUCCCAGGUGGUGAGAUGUUCUCCCACCUACGACGGAUUGGCAGGUUCAGUGAACCUCAUGCGCGGUUCUACGCUGCUCAGAUCGUGCUGACUUUUGAGUACCUGCACUCGCUCGAUCUCAUCUACCGAGACUUGAAGCCUGAGAACCUCCUCAUCGACCAGCAGGGCUACAUUGAGGUGACAGAUUUUGGCUUUGCCAAACGAGUGAAAGGUCGAACAUGGACUCUUUGUGGAACUCCAGAGUAUUUGGCUCCUGAAAUCAUUCUAAGCAAGGGUUACAACAAAGCUGUGGACUGGUGGGCCCUGGGUGUCCUCAUCUACGAGAUGGCAGCUGGCUACCCUCCAUUCUUUGCAGACCAGCCGAUUCAGAUCUAUGAGAAGAUUGUCUCUGGGAAGGUUCGCUUCCCAUCUCACUUCAGCUCAGACCUGAAGGACCUGUUGCGUAACUUGCUCCAGGUGGACCUCACCAAACGCUAUGGCAACCUGAAAAAUGGAGUCAAUGACAUCAAGAACCACAAGUGGUUUUCUACCACCGAUUGGAUUGCCAUCUACCAGCGGAAGGUGGAAGCUCCCUUUAUACCAAAGUGCAAAGGAGCUGGAGACACAAGUAACUUUGACGACUAUGAGGAAGAGGAGAUCCGGGUGUCCAUCACUGAGAAGUGCGCCAAGGAGUUUGCAGAUUUUUAGGGCCAGCCCCCUUUGCAGGCCACUUGCUUUGUGUGCCCAGGAAAAGGAAGGGCUGAAUUUGAUCAGCCCUGUGGGCCAGAGUUCCUUGCCUAUAUGUUACUUUUGAGAGGUGGGAGGCUGUUGGGGUUCAUCUGGAUCUGUUUGGGCAGAAAAUGAAAUGGGGAGUUCAUUUUGAAGCUGUGGAAAAUGCAGUAGUCCUGAGUGCUAUCCACCUGCCUCCCACCACAAGCUAGAAGGUGGCUCCAAGCCACUCUCAGGCAGGUUUUAAACAAAUUCCCUUCCUCCCUCUUAUUGAGUCCAUACACAAACCCUAAUCAGACAGUCCCCUAGUUUAUUGGUGGCUCUAUAUAAUUUUUUUUUAAGGGAAGGGGGAUAUUUUGCCAUCUAUAAAGGUUUGUUUCAUGGGGCAUUGGAAGAGUUUCAGGGAAGGAGGGAAGAGGAAGUAAACACAACCACAUUGCACUUUGGUGUUCAGACUGGCACUAAAUGGGUUAAUGGCCCAACCUUGUCACCUUCCUUGUGGGAUAACCCUGUCAUUUUAUCAAUAUUAUUUUUUCCCAAGCUCCUAUCAUUAACUUUAAAGAGCUGGCUGGCUUUAAAAAGGGUUUUUUAAACCAAUCGGGGGGGGGGGGGGCUUUUAUAUGUUCUGUCCCAGCACAAUUAAAUGAAAUUCAGCAGGAAUUUUAACUCUGUAAAACAACUGAGUUUUAGCAUGAAGGAUUUGUUAGGUAGAAACACUUUAUUUCCAAUCUUUGGGCCCUGUUUUAGGGAAAGGGGAGGGGGACAUAAUUAAUCAUACCUGCAAGAGAGGGGAAGGGAUUAGUUGAUAGACAGUCCAGGAAUACUAAAGUGGAACUUUGUCUGAUUUUUGUCCUAAAUGUGCUCCCCUUCUCUUCUCCCUUCCCCGUGCCAAAUGCCUCCCAGAUCAGCUCCACUGCAUCUGGCAACUCCUGCAGCAUCUGUCUGAAUGGAGGAGGAAGAAGCAGGAUCUAGUCCACCCUGUUUGAACAUCAAAGAAUAUCUAGCUCGUUGCCACCAUUAGUCUUCAAUUCUGAGUGGGUUUGUCCCUCCUGGUAACAAUCCGGAUGGGGCAAGGCACGAGCUGCAGGUGAACUGCUUAGGGUACAUAUGAUCCAAUCUGCUCAAGCCCAGUCUCUGUUCAGUAAUACAAGGAGAAUCCAGUCUAUUGGUAGAAACUCCAUUACUCCAGUUCUUGGGGAAGGGGAACUUUCCAUCCAGAUGCUCUGUUGUUUAUGUUCAAACAACAAGCUGUCCUAGCCUUGGUGUAAAGGAGCUUUAGGAACAAGUGCCAGAAAGAUCCAUCUACUCUGGGCAAACCAGUGCAAUGCUGUCAAAGGAGAUGUCCCAUUGGAAUCUGUUUAGUCUUCCCUCUGAGAGACAUGGAUGUGCUGGGAGCUCCAAGUGCAGAUGGAGGGCAACUUGUUUCCUCCAUUGAUUUGUUCUGACUUCUCUGCCUCUCCCUCUUUCCAAAGCAAUGCCACUUUGUGUUCUGUCUUUCACCUAUCCCACUCCCCCCACCCACCCACCCACACACACUCAUCCUGUAUUCACCAGUUUAGUUUUCUUCUGUUCUUUUCAUGGCUGGGGAGCAGAGUAGGCUUCUUUAGAUUGGUAGAUAAAUUAUAUCACACAUACAGAAGCGCAGUUGGGGGCAGAUGACUCCUUAUGAUCUUCCCAUCAAGAAACUCAUCAGCCUCUCUAUGCUGGGAUGGGGAGAAGGGGAGCUAAAUCCUCACUUGCUCCCUGCCUUGGGAGG